ACCCUGGUAACAUCCGACAUAUCCAACAAUCACCACCGCACUAUGAAAGUCAACGCCAACCUCUUCGCCUGGGCCAUCGUCCUGUUUGUCUGUCUGCCGAGGAGCAGUGAGGCAGUCACUUGUACCGCAGACCCCACUGUAGCUGGAUGCAUUGACUGUGCCACCAGUCCCACCGAUGCCGAGUGCGUGGCAGAAGCAGCUGCUACUGCCACCACCACUGUGGCUCCGGCAACAACGGUAGCCUCGGCCGCGACUACAGUGGCGACUGACACGACCUCCACAACAACGACGACUACGGCGGCAACCACCACUAGCACGGGCGGCAGGCGCAAGAUCGUCAGGGUCAGCAAUCUGCGUUACACCGCAGUUCGUCGCAUCCGGGUCAAUAGGAGUGGCACCACCCUCCGCACCACCAACCGCGUUACCAACCGCAAUCGCAACCGAAGACGCGCCAACGUGAGGAACAGGCGUCGCAACGGUAAUGUCCGUGUGAUUGUCGGCUAGACAAGAUCCAUCUAUUUAACUACAUUCAGAUAAUAACAAAGGCAAUAAAAUGGUUCAAAGUUCAAAAAUAAUUAU